CUCAGCUUUUGGCCGGUCUUUCAAAACCUACCUCUGGUUCCAUUUGCAUUCAGAAGUAUGAUGAGAGUGGAAAUCCAAUGGGUCUGUCGGAAGUGUUAGCUCCUCAAAGAGUUGGUAUUGUAUUUCAGUUUCCUGAGAGGUACUUCUUAUCAGAUACUAUACUUGAAGAAGUUACUUUUGGAUGGCCAAGGCAAAAGGCAGACAUUCCUUUGAGGGAGCAACUCACUUUAAAACUUCAGAAUGCCAUUAACUCUGUUGGUCUAAGUGCCAUUUCAUUGGAUAAGGAUCCACAGUCUCUCAGUGGUGGGUUUAAGCGGCGACUUGCUUUGGCAAUUCAGCUGGUUCAAACUCCUGAUUUAUUGUUGCUUGAUGAGCCCCUCGCUGGUCUUGAUUGGAAAGCUCGGGCUGAUGUUGUGAAUCUCCUAAAGGACCUAAAGAAAGACCACACGAUACUGUUUGUGAGUCAUGAUUUAAGGUAAUUUAGUACUGACCAUAUAAAACACAAUGCUUUUGUAUAGCUGUGUGCCACUAGAGCCACUAUUGAAUAUCUCAUGAUCGCUAUAUACUGGCUGUUA